AUGCCUAAAAAAGAAUCUGAAGAAUAUGUAAAAGGAUGUCCUGGAGCUUUGUAUAAAUCAUUUUAUACAAAGAUCGAGGCACAGAAUUUCAUCGAUCAACAAAAUAUUGAAAUUAAAGACAUAAUAAAUGUUUGGACAGAUGGAUAUUGUAAAAGAAAUGGAUUAUCAGAUGCUAUUGGAAGUAUUGGUGUAUUUUUUGGAAAUAACGAUUCUAGAAAUCUUUCGGAACGAUUACCUGGUGAACAACAAACUAACAAUCGUGCAGAAAUCUAUGCUGCGAUUAGAGCUCUUGAAAUUUGUGAUAAAAAAGAAAAUUUAAUCAUAAAUACAGAUAGCAAUUAUGUUAUCAUCUCUAGAGAUGUUAAAAAACCAAAAACUAAUUUUGAUUUAGUUAAUAGAUUUAAUGAUUUGAUUAAAGAACGUGAAGAAAAAACUUAUUUAAAACAUGUGAAAGGACAUAGUGGUAUUUACGGGAAUGAACAAGCAGACAAACUUGCAUAUUUAGGUUCAAAAAAACCAGAUGUUAAAUUGAAUUUACCAGAAUGUAAAAAUACUAUCAAAGAUUAUUUCAAAUAA